AUGCAGCCCUAUGUCUCCGAUGUGACUCCUGCCGGGGUCGAUGCUCAGUCUCCGCAUCCGGAGCCCACACGGAGCAAGAAAUCGCGUAGUCGAAGGACGACCGCCUGUGACGCCUGCCGUGCCAGGCGAACAAGAUGCGACAAUCGCAAGCCCGCCUGCGGCUACUGUCGCGCUCGCGGAAUAGACUGCCACUAUGAGCAAAGCCUUCAGGGUCAUGCACCGCGGGUCGAAGCGGAGCUGGCUGCCAUCAACCAACGUCUUGAUCAGAUUACCAACCUUGUCCAGGCCAGACCCUCAACAAGCCCUGAACAGGGACCACUCGCCAAGCAGAUACGAGCGGGCGAUAUGUUCACCGGAGAAGAGAAGUCCCCCUUUCAGUUGCUUGGGAGCGACUGCAUCAUGGAUAUUCUGGGGCUUGGGCCAGGCUUUGCCCACAACCUGCUCAAGCUUGAACGAGCUACUCCGCUCUCAGGCUCGAACCAUGCCCCUCGCAUGCGGAUAAUGCAACAGGAACAUGCCAUAAUGGCAUUAGCAUCUUUCUCCACCUACGUGCAUUGUUGGUACCCCAUACUGCGCCCUGGCUUCUCGGAACGAUACUUUGGUAUCAUCUCAGGCGUGCUGGCACCGAGUCCAGAGUCAUGUCUGGUCUUGCUCGUGGCCGCCAUCGGUACGUUGGCGCAACAGGACCCUAUCCUGGGCGUGUCUCCCAGCGACGGGAGUAGCGAGCAAUAUUUCGAUCUAGCCAUGGCGUCGCUACCCACUGUCCUUGUGGAUGGAGGCAUCGAAAGCGUUCAGUCCCUUAUCCUCUUAGCGGUUUACUACUGCUCCCUCGAAAGGCCUUGUCAAGCGUACGACUACGUCAUGAUAGCGUCUUUCAAGGUGCAGAAUCUUCUUCGAUGCACAAAGGAAAGAGACAAUGAGCUUUUUGAACAUAUAAAGCGAGCAUAUUGGGCAGUGCUCCUUCUGGAGAGCGAGCUCCGCGUGCAGUUUGAUGUGGUCGAGAGUGGUAUCUGGAAUCAUGAUGACGACAUCCCUCUGCCCGACAGUCGUCGUACGUGGCAGUUUGACGUUGCCACGGGGUCACCGGCAACUACAAUCACAACUCCAGGGAGUGACUUCUCUGCGAUGAAUCGACAUGCAGAUACAACCCAAGCCUACUUCCUCGCAGAGAUCUCCAUGAGGCGGAUGCUGCACCGAUGCAAUACUGCGAUCCGUAGAGCCAUCGACGGUGAAAUAGUGUACGCUCCCAAUAUCGCAAAGGAGCUCGAAUUGCAGCUCGAGGAAUGGUAUGGAUACCUUCCGCCUUCUGUUCAGUUCAAGAGUCAAGACUUGGAGAGUGCCAUCUCAUCUCACGAUGAUAUCACAAGUAUCGAACCGCUGAGCACUUUUCUCCGGGUACAAUACUUCUGCUGCAAGAUAUCGAUAUAUUGGCCGGCGGUUUACCAGAGCAUUCAAGACGGCGCUGCCAGUCCAGAGUUGUUGAGACAUUGUGAGAGAUUCUUUCACGCAUACAUUCAAGUCAUGCCUACUAUGCUACAGUCCAUGCGAAAUUGCAUCGUCAACCGAUGGACACUGUAUUCCACCGUGUUCAUGACAUCCAUGGCAGUAAUGUUAGCAAUGGAGACUCCUUGCAUACGGGAGGGCUGCACAAUCGAUUGGCCAAACCUAUGGGUGUGCCUCAGGUCGGCAGAGGCUGUUGAUGACUGUAUUGUACGAUCUAGUCCAUCACUGCUAUUACUGCACGAAGUUCUUGUCAACCGGUUGAGGAAGUUGCAGCACUAA